UGUGUGCAGGGGACGAAAGUCAAUAGACAUACUUGAUGUCAAUACAAGUUGUUUACCGAAUCGUUGAGGACAGCAACCUACACGACGUAUAGUGGGAGUAUGUAAUUAAAUAUAGGUUGAUCUCUGUAUGUUUCUAUGUGGCAUUAUUUCGAGAAAUGAAAGAAGUAAAACAAAGCAUGUGACGCUAGGAACUGGCGAAGUGACGUCUUCAACAGUUUUAUCAUGGCGACUACCACACACAAAAACACUUUCGAGUUCCGUAUGUCCAAAAAAGUAGCAGAACUCGCACAGGUCGUUCACCUGUUGUUCACGAGAAACCACGAGAAAGAGAUCGAGAUGGAAGCCUUAAAACAAUCGUACGAAUACGAAAUUGAAUUCGUCAUUCAAGACGCGAAAAAUCGCAUUAACAAACUGGAGACAUCGAUUGCUGAGUUGAACAAAAGAACUAGCGAGGAUAUCGAGAACUUGAGGAAAGAGCACGAGCAACAGCUAGCCUCGAAAGAGAACGAUUGGCGCCAAAGGAUGUCCGUGGCUGAGAAAAGUCUGGAGGAGGAGAAGCGUGAAUGCCAGAAGCUGAGCGACAUGCUGCUGAAUGCCCAGAGAGACAUUGAGACGCUGAGGCAACGCCUGGAGGAGCAGCUGGGCGCCAACAGGGACAAGAACGGGAAAAGGGACAAGGAGGUGGACGCCUUACGUUUAAGGGUGUUGACUGUUGAAAGAAAUCUGCUCGACGCUCAAAACGAAUCGCAGAGUUGUAUAGGAGAGCUAACCAAGAAGAAAGAAAAGCUCGAGAAGGAACUCCAGCAAAUGCAGGUGGCGCUGGACGGCAGCAACAAAUCUCGCGACCAACACCAGUCUCGCUGUAAACAGCUGGAGAACGAGAUAAAAACAAUGAAAAUUCAGUUCAACAAAAAACUCACCGAAAUGGCAAACAACGGCCAUCACAGAAGCGUGAAAACGAGAGAAGAUGAUGAAAGUAGCGAUGAGGUAGAGAGGUUGCGGCGAGAGUUGCAGAAGUACCGUCUGGAACUGACCAACAGAGAUUUUAAUUUCAACCGAAUGUUCACUGACAAGCAGCCGGUAUUGCUUGACCAACGAGCCGGGCAGCCACGGAAAAAAUCGUCUGCUUUGAAUCUCUCAAACGGAAGUGGAUUUAUCCCACAUUUAAUCUCUCCACAAGGAGCUCUGCAGUCGAAUUUUCUGCCACAGACAUUUCACAAAGACAGACAAGUAGUUAAAAGUAAUGUCUUUGACAGCGCAGACCCAGAAAAUCAGCCCGACUUUCGUACACUAAAUAUUUCUAACGAUGAGGUUAUUUUAGAUAACUCCCAAGAACAUGCAAAUUCAGGAACUUACGGCCAACCUUUUACACUGGAACAAAUAUUACCCAAUGAGAAGGGGAGGUCACUAAAAGACACAAAAACGUUAUCAAAUGUACACGAUAAAACAAUUGAGAAAGAAGAGCGUCCCAACAGCCUGCCGUCCAUCAGCUCCUCAACAGCACCAAGACGUUUAUCUGUUCAACUCACAAAACCCAAACCUCUAGAGAGGUCCUUCUUGUCAGGGAAGUGAGAAGCCCUGGACUUGGAUUAGCUCAGUAUUAAUAUUCCAGAAUGGCUGCAAGUAGUUCCUACGUAUGGGUCAACACAGGACUGAGGGGACAACUUGAAACUUCUGAGGAGUGCUGGAGCUCACCUCACCACAGAGGAAAGCCAGUGGCUACCCAGUCAUUUUUUGGGAUGGCAAUAUUCGAACUUCCAAUCAAAUACAUAUCAGUAUUUGUGUGUAUGCGAGAGGGGGGAUGGGAAUAAACUAUUUCUGUAACUUCUUGUGUAAAUAAAAUUUAACCAAGGGACAAUUCACAAUGUAUUUAUUUUUAAACGAUUUCUAGAUUACAACUAUCUUUUUGUAUGAGCAGCUUUUAGAACGUUGAACCACUUGUUCCACUGUAAACAGUAUAGUGAACAAAUAAAAUAAACUUUGAUGUUCAAUAAAAACCUCAAAACAGUU